AUGGCGGAUCAAAACGUUCAAGACCCAAAUCCUCCCACUGAAGAUCGAAAGGUUCUUCCUUUAAAGAGAGGAAUGGCUGAAAAACCACUUCCUGGAUCAACCGAGUCAGCGUCCGAUUCAAGCGAUAGUAGUGACCAUGAAGAUGCGAUGAGUUACGAACAGAAAAUCGAAGAAAUCAAGAAGAAAGCUUUCUACUCUGUUGUCCAUGCAUUCACAGUAGACUCCUCGACACUAUCACAAGAGAGAACUUCGAUUGUAGAAAGACUUAGGAACGAGUUGAACACUGCUCGCGAAAUUCAAAUCCCUAUUGAGAAUAAUACCAUUCAGAAAAGUCUCGUCGAUCUCCAGAGAGAAGCUUAUUACGGUGUUAAUCUUGCCUUCAGUGCAGAAACUCCUGCAAUAUCCAGUUCAAGGAUUAUGAUCGUGCAAGACCUGAAGAAAGAAUGGAACAUUUCUCCUGUAAUUCAUGGUGCUUUUGUUGAUGGAAUCAAUACUGAACCACUGGUUAAACGAUGGAGGAAUGUUCCAAAGGCUUCUGAUAACGAGAAUGUUACUCCAGUAGAAGGCCAUCCAUCGGAAUCGCGUGUGGCAGUGAACAAGGAAGACUUAUUCGACUUUCAAGUAGCUCCUGCGAGGAUACAAUACGAGAAGACGGAACCAAGUUCUACUUCUGAAGAUUCACUUGUACCAAGCUGGGGCCAAGUUUCUCCUCAGACUCUUGUUGGCAGAUGGCUCAAUAUAAGAAUGCCUGGCGAAGACGAUUACAUUGCAUUCCAAAUCAAAGACUAUAACGCGGAAACGGAAAUGCAUCACCUGGUGACUGCUCUAAGCCAAAAGACUGUUAUUGACCCGUGCGACUGGAUUGAUAUCAGAUUUAUUCCGGCAGAAGAUACUGUUUGGCAAGAUGGACAUCCCGGAUUCCCAGCACGGAAAAGCUUUAUUAAACCAGGCGAAACGAUCUUAUCCACAACCAGUACAGCUCAAGAAAAGAGGCGAAUUAGAGAGGUUGGAAAAACUGCCACUGGGAUUCCUAUUAUCAAAAGGCUCGAUAAGGGAAAGGGUAUCGCAUGA